AUGAUGGUUACCAAUACUGACAGACGUAUUGCUGCAGAGAAAUUGAAUUCUUAUUUAUGCCCCGAAAUGGAGAAACAAUUGGAUAAGUUAUUGGAGGUGGGAAGACAUUGGCACAUUAGUCGGUCAAGCGAGUUUGUAUCUGAAGUACAUAGUUAUGAUUUGGUGAUGGUGGACUUGGAAAAUGGUAUUAUUCAUGUCGUCAAUGGCAGGUUAAAGGUUUCCCUUGCUCACAUGCAGUUGCAGCUAUCGUGCAGAACGAGCAAUGCUUAUGAUUACAUUAAAGACUAUUUCACAUCUGAUUAUUAUAAGUCUUCGUAUUCUUUUCCAAUUGAGCCAAUUCCUAACAUCCAUCAACCCCCACUUGAUAUAGUGAAGGAUUUUUCCAUCAAGCCUCCAGUGACAAGAAAACAACCCAGUAGACCAAGAGUCAAGAGGAUUAAGUCUAAUGAGGAAGAACCAACAUCAAUGAAUUAUGAGAGGUGUAAGUAG